GACCCGGAAGUACUUUUUUAUUCUUGUCUGCUUUAUGGUGGUGACAUAAAGCAGUUGACGAAGAUUAUUUAGCUCUUUUCUUUUCUUGUCAUUCUCUAGUUUAAAACUGACUGACUGUGAGGUACUUCGGGGUAGUUAUAUAGAGGCAUUAUUGAGGUCCUUCCUGGCUGGCCCAUGCUGAGACAGGGACCUAGAGGAACUGAACGGACUCAACAUGGCCUGUGUAGAGGAGCCCCCUGAGAAGCACUGCUGGGUGUGUUUUGCGACAGAGAGAGAGGACCGCGUGGCAGAGUGGGUGAGCCCCUGCAGGUGUAAAGGCUGUACCAAGUGGAUCCACCAGGCCUGUCUGCAGCGCUGGCUCGAUGAAAAGCAGAAAGGAAACAGUGGAGGAGCUGUCAGCUGCCCUCAGUGUGGCACAGAGUACAGCAUCGUCUUCCCCAAGAUGGGGCCAUUGGUGUACUUCCUCCAGCAGGUGGACAGGGCUCUGUCGCGGGCCAGUCCAUUCGCUGCUGCUGGGGUGGUGGUGGGGACAGUCUAUUGGUCAGCUGUCACCUAUGGAGCUGUGACUGUCAUGCAGGUGGUGGGCCAUAAGAAGGGCUUGGAUGUGAUGGAGAGAGCAGAUCCUCUGUUCCUCCUGAUGGGUCUACCUACCAUCCCUGUGAUGCUGGUCCUGGGCAAGAUGAUCCGCUGGGAGGACUACAUACUGAGGCUGUGGCAGAGACACUCCUCUAAACUACAGCUGCUAGUUCCAGGUGUAGGGCGUCCAUUGCCCCGUGUGCCAGCUGAUGGGAGUAAUGGAGGGGACCACCUGUCAGUGUCUCGUACUUUGUGUGGAGCUCUCAUCUUCCCCUCCGUGGCCAACCUGGUGGGACGGCUGAUCUUCCGCAGGGUACCUUCAUCUCUGCAACGCACCGUUCUGGGUGGUAUAGCGUUUGUGGUGAUGAAGGGAGUGUUGAAGGUGUAUUUCAAACAGCAGCAGUACCUCACCCAGGCCAACCGCCACAUCCUCAACUACCCAGAGAGAGAGAGGGACAUGGAUGGAGAGGGGCGGAGUGAGGGAGGAGAGGACGACACAGAGGAUAGUGGAAACGAGUGAACACAACACCCCCCCCACCCCCCCCCUUAACCCUAGAGGGCGAAGGAGGGAUGGAGAGGUAGAGCGGAGAUAUAAUUAGUUGGAGCAGAAAAGAUUGACAGCUUCCCAGAAUCCUCUCUGUUCCCUGACCUCACACAAAGAGAAACCUGCAAUCAAGCACAAUGUAGUUUUAUUUGACUCAGACAAGGGGUGUGUUACGUUUCCAAACAGAUAACUUGUCAAAUAGAAAAGCAGUUGUGAGUUUUUUCCUUUGAAAGUGUUUUCUCCCAUUGAUGUCUCCAGAACUCAACCAUGCUCUGGUAUUUCAUUGUAAGAUAUCCACCCAAUCGUGUGUGUGUGUGUGUGUGUGUGCGCGCGUGUCUACACCUGGGGUGUCGAAUCCGGCCCGUGGGUGGUUUGAGUAUAUAUAUAAGAACAAUAUUUUGCAAGUUUUUACUACAAGGAAAUAACCUAUUUUUAGUGCUGCCCUUUGGACCUAGUUGAAGACCAAAUGCCCCCCCCCCCCCCCCCCAACACCCCUGGUCUACGUUGAAGAACCCUUGCUAUUUUAUUUGCUUGUAAGAAUGAAUUAGCUAAUAAAGUGAUUUGAUUGUUAAAUACUA